AUGAGGGCUAUUCAUCUCGGCGCCGCCGUGUUGUGUGCUCAGGUUGGACUGGCUGUUCCGCAUGCUGGCCAUCAGAAACAUCGACAUGCAGCUCGUCACCUGGAGACCUAUUAUUCAACCAUCACUGAUAUCGUGACCGUCACAGCUCCUAACGCUGUCGUCUGGGUCGAUCAGUUCAACAACAUCAUCUCCACCGAAUAUCGUGGUCAAGCCAACUCACCCCCGCCGACUGAGACUCUCAGUACCACCACUCCAGCUGGCACUAGCACUGCUGUCUCGUCUUCGGUCGGUCCCACUGAUGGUGCACCACCGCCAACAACUCUUGCGUCGGUUUCAAGCUCUGUAGCUCUACCAACCUCGGCCGAAACAACGUCUCCAUCUUCAACUGUCACUCCUACCCCUACCACUGCUUCUGAAGUGUCAGCCACCAGCAGCUCUACUACCAGCAGCGGUAUCUCCGGGAGUGACGACAACCAAGCUGGAGGUGGUGGCUUCGGAAUCUGCUACGAACUCAUCACAGAGACUGGCUGCAAGACCAACGAUCAGCUCAAUAAUGACUUUACCUUCUUGGCUAGCCAGGGCUUCAGCAAGGUUCGCGUCUACGACGUUGGCUGUGACCUUGGCCCAGUUGCCCGAGCUGCUUCUGCAGCCAACAUGCAACUGAUUGCUGGACUUAACACCAUCACCAACGUUUCCGGAGACAUUGCAAAGCUGAUUGGCUUCCUCACUGGAAAUUGGGCUUCGGUCGACACUAUUGUCAUCGGUAAUGAGGUUGUCAAUAAUGGCGGAGAUCCAAAUGCUGUGGUUGGAGCCCUGGGUAUUGCUCGAGCUGCUCUCUCCGCUGCUGGAUACACCAAGAACGUCGUCACCGUAGAUGUCUGGAGUCAGUUGCUGAGAUACCCGCAGUUGUGCCAGAACUCCGACUACUGCGCAGCCAACGCCCACGCAUACUUUGAUGUCAACACCAGUGCAGACGAAGCUGGCACAUAUGUCUACAAAAUUAGCCAACAACUCGCAGCUGUCGCCAAUGGCAAGUCUGUUGUCAUCACAGAGUCCGGAUGGCCAUGGCAAGGACAAACCAACGGCCUAGCCGUUCCUUCACCUGCCAACCAACAGACCGCAGUCGGUGGCCUAAGAUCUGCAUUUUCCUCGAACCCAGGCGGUCUGUUCUUGUUCCAGGCGUACGAUGCGACCUACAAGGCUCCUGGCCCUCUGGGUGUCGAACAGUUCUUUGGCAUCUACGGUCAUUGA